AUGGAGUACUUGGCUUCUGCAUUUCCUAGCUCCUCCCGGCCUCCCUCCUCCUCCACCAUGAGCCUGCUCUCCUGCUCAGUGGCGAGGGCGGAGCUCUACAGCGAGGGUGCCUCCCCGGUGUCUCUCGACUCCAGUGUAUUCUUCAGCGAGACGACGGCGUCCUGCUCCAGAGACCAUCUUGACUUCUUCAUCAUCAAUGUUGGGGGAAGUCGGUACGUGCUGUCGCAGGAGCUGCUGGCGUCUUACCCGGAGACCCGGCUGGGGAAACUAGCCUGCUGCAGCCGAGACUCAGCGCUGGAGCUCUGCGACGAUGCCGACCUCCUGGAGAAUGAGUUCUUCUUUGAUCGGAACUCGCAGACCUUCCAGUAUGUGAUGAACUACUACCGGACGGGUCACCUGCAUGUGAGGGAGGAGCUAUGUGAGAUGUCCUUCCUGCAGGAGAUCGAGUAUUGGGGCAUCGAUGAGCUUUGCAUCAACCCCUGCUGCCGCGAACGUUACUACCGCCGCAAGGAGCAGAAGGAGACCUUCGACGUAUAUCGAGAGUUUGAGGCCCACGACGAUGAUGAGGAUUUUGUGGGUGCCGCCUGUCCGGCUCUCCGCCGCCGCCUGUGGGACCUGCUGGAGAAACCAGAAUCAUCACGCGCUGCUCGCACCUUUGGCUCCCUCUCUGUCUUCUUUGUGGUGGUGUCGGUUAUCAACAUGGUGCUCAUCUCGCUGGACGUUGGGGAGGACUUUGGUGUGAGCGGCGUCGGUGCACCGCUGCUGUUCGAUGCGCUGGAGUAUGUGUGCGUGGUUUGGUUCACGGGUGAGCUGGCACUUCGGUUCCUCUGCGUGAGGGAUAAGUGCCGCUUCAGUCGGAGUAUUCCCAACAUGAUCGACCUGCUGGCCAUCCUGCCGUUCUAUGUGACGCUGGUGGUGGAGAGCCUCCAUGGAGGGAGCACAGAGCUGGAGAACAUGGGCCGCGUGGUGCAGGUCCUCCGACUCCUGAGGUCGCUCCGAAUGUUGAAACUGGGACGACACUCGACUGGCCUAAAGUCUCUGGGGUUGACCAUCGCUCAGUGCUACGAGGAGGUUGGCCUCCUGCUCCUCUUCCUCGGUGUCGGCAUCUCCAUCUUCGCCACGGUCAUCUUCACUCUGGAGCACGACUCUCCUGCCACCACCUUCAGCAGCGUGCCGGCCGCCUGGUGGUGGGCGACCACCUCCAUGACCACGGUCGGCUACGGAGACAUCCGGCCCGACACAGCUGUGGGGAAGGUGCUGGCCUUCCUCUGCAUCCUGUCUGGGAUCCUGAUCCUGGCGCUCCCCAUCGCCAUCAUCAACGAGCGCUUCUCCGCCUGCUACUUCACCCUGAAGAUGAGGGAGGCGGCGGCGCGGCACGGCGAGAUGCUGAAGAGGCUGGCCCGUGGCUCAGUGGGGGGGGCGGGCGUGGGAGGAGUGCGAGGAGGCGUGAACCUGAGGGACGCUUACGCCCGGAGUGUCCUGGAGAUGUUGAAGCUGCAUGGGCGAGAGAGGGCGAGCACCCGGAGCAGCGGAGGGGAAGAACUGUGGUGGUAG